AUGGCACCUAAGGACGGAAAAAGCCGUAAACCAGCAAAUACGGCUUUUAAACAACAACGAUUAAAGGCAUGGCAACCUAUAUUAACACCUAAAACUGUACUUCCGACUUUUUUCAUAGUUGGAAUGAUAUUUGCUCCUUUAGGAGGAUUGUUAUUAUAUGCUAGUGAUAGCGUAUCGGAAAUUAGCAUUGACUACACAUAUUGUCAAGAACAAGCCCCCUCUUCCCAAAACUUCGACAAUGCAAUUCCUUUACCCGACGAUAGCGUAGAGAUUUCUUUUUCACAAAGCAAUUCGACAAUCGAGAAAGCCAAAUGGAUUACCUAUAAGAUGAAUAUGACUCUACCUGAAGGCGCGACACUCGAAGUCUCAAAAUGUGAGAUCGAAUUUACGAUUCCCGCACAACUUAAACCGGGCGUGUUUCUUUAUUAUCGAUUGACAAACUUUUUUCAGAAUCAUCGACGUUAUGUGAAAAGUUUUAUGGCUAAUCAGUUGAAGGGGGAUGCUGUUGGUGUUGCGGGCUUGCAAAAUUGUAAACCUUUGGCGACGGAUAGUAAUGGGACUAUUAUUUAUCCUUGCGGAUUGAUUGCUAAUUCGAUGUUUAAUGAUACAAUCCAUGACCCCGUACUACUCAACCCCGCUGGCAAAAGUGAUGGCAACGAGACAUACGUGUUUAGCAAUAAAAGUAUUGCGUGGCCAUCAGACAAGCAAAAAUAUGGACCAACAAAAUACGACGUCAACUCCAUAGUACCACCGCCAAAUUGGGCUGCACGAUACGUGGAUGGAAGGUACAACGAGACGACGAUACCCGAUUUGCAUAGUGAUGAGCAUUUCCAGGUGUGGAUGCGUACUGCAGGGUUACCCAACUUUCGUAAAUUGUAUGGAAAAAACGAGACACAUGUCAUGGCACAGGGCAGAUAUCGUAUUGUGAUUGAUGAUUUCUUCCCUGUGUUAAAAUACGGUGGCACAAAAUCUAUUGUAAUUUCGACUGUUUCUUUCUUGGGCGGAAAGAAUCCAUUUUUAGGUAUUGCAUAUAUCGCUGUCGGAAUUGUCUGUGUUGUGCUUGGAUGUCUUUUCACCGCUAGGCAUUUAUACAAGCCCAGGAAACUCGGAGACCAUACAUAUCUUUCCUGGAAUCAAAACACACCUGCGGGCGGUGCAGCUGGUGCUCACCGGGAUUAA